AAGAUUUGCAGUCACCAGCCACAGACUUUCCCUUUUCCACUCGGGUCGUCUUCGGUGGGGCUGCCCUUUUCGAUUCUGACUUGUAGGGUCGCCCUUCCCGGGUUCCAUUUUGGAGAGCGGAAAUGGCUAACUCGGGCCUGCAGUUGCUGGGCUUUUCCAUGGCCAUGCUGGGCUGGGUGGGCCUGGUGGCGUGCACCGCCAUCCCGCAGUGGCAGAUGAGCUCGUACGCGGGCGACAACAUCAUCACCGCCCAGGCCGUGUACAAGGGGCUGUGGAUGGACUGCGUCACGCAGAGCACCGGCAUGAUGAGCUGCAAGAUGUACGAUUCGGUGCUCGCCCUGCCGGCGGCCAUACAGGCCACCCGCGCUCUCAUGGUGGUAUCCCUGGUGCUGGGUUUCCUGGCCAUGUUUGUGGCCACGAUGGGCAUGAAGUGCACGCGUUGUGGGGGAGACGACAAAGUGAAGAAGGCCCGGAUAGCCAUGUCUGGAGGCAUCGUUUUCAUUGUGGCUGGUCUUGCCUCCUUGAUCGCAUGCUCCUGGUACGGCCAUCAGAUUGUCACCGACUUCUAUAACCCCUUGACCCCCAUGAAUGUUAAAUAUGAGUUUGGUUCCGCCAUCUUUAUUGGUUGGGCAGGGUCUGCCCUGGUCCUCCUGGGAGGUGCGCUGCUGUCUUGCUCCUGUCCUGGGAGUGAAAGCAAAGCUGUGUAUCGGGCACCCCAUUCCUACCCCAAGUCCAACUCUGCCAAAGAGUAUGUGUAACCCAGCACCCUUAUGCCCCAGUCAGACGGACUGGGGGUGCCCAGAUGCUUCAAAACCCUGGGGCAGAGGACUCAGCCUGUCUGUGAGCAAGGUGUGGGAUAGAACCUCCCGUCUCGCCAUCCCUGCACACCAUGUACAGUUCUCUGGAGAGGGGGUGGGGGGAGGGAUAAAAAAGAGGGAACAUGUGCUUUUUGUAUAGUAAUAAAAACUACAUUUUGGAAAAUGGGUUUU